AUGGCUCAACCACGGACACGUGACGGCAGCACAACUAGUAUGCCAGAUAUUGGUAUUCCGGUUCAUCGUAACAGAAAUGAUACUGGAUUUGGCAGUCAAAGUCGAUCAUCAGAUUCCAGAAGUCAAAUAUCCCUUACACCGGAAGAACGACUUCGAACAAUUGAGGUGGCACGGGCCCACGUCCGGCACGGGCCAACGCCUGAGUACAAUCCUAGACCAUUACAGCGAUCGGGGAGAGGUGGUCCACCACCUCCUUUAAUGCCAUCGUUCAGCAGCGAUGAUUGGAUUAACAGGCGUACACCUCCACCAAGGGGAGCUUCAGCGGGGUUCAGCCCAUAUUGUCUAAUGAAUGCGUUACCACAGAUAAAGAUCACGCCAUUCAAUGUUGAUCCAAAGGAAUGGCCGACCUUUAUCUCUUCGUUAAGGGACAUGAUCCAUAAUUUGGUACCAUCGGACGCUCAACGCCAUGCUUUCUUAAAGCAGUUGCUCACUACAGAAGUUCGUUCCUACAUAGCCGAAUACUUCGACAAUCCGUCCACUUAUUAUGAUGCCUUAGUAGAACUGAAAAAGCGAUAUGGUCAACCACAAGUGGUUGCUCGGAUCCAUUUGAUGGCUCUUAUUAAUCUUCCAUCGAUCCGAGAUGAUGACUCAGAGGCACUAGCCAAGCUCAAUCGAAUUCUUCCUGGAGCCAUGCAUGCCCUGAGGACCGGCGGAUAUGAGCAAGACUUGGAAUCGGGAAUGACUCUGGAACACGUCGUCUCCCGUUUACCUCCGCGAAUGAGAAGUAGCUGGGGCGUGAAAGUGUACCGGAUGACUCCAACACGAGCUACUCUCAAGGAUCUAGAAAAGUGGAUAGACGAGAUGGUGAUGGGUGAAUUGAUGACCAGUCCGUCAACUCAUAGAUCACCAGCUCCACAGAAGGAAAAGAAAGCGGGAAGUGCUAAGCCUUCCACCAAACCAACUCCUCUCUUUGGUAAAGGUCCUGUUGUUUUUCACACCUCCACAACUCCACCAGUCAAGAAACCGCAGCAAAGUCCUCCCUCUGAGAGUAAUUCGUCAUCGCUGAAGAAAGGCGUUAUUAAGAAGUGCAUUUAUUGUGAUAACACCCAUUCGAUAAAAACCUGUUCCACAUUCAAAGAUCUAGAUGUUACAGCUAGAGUGGAGUGGAUAAAAGAGAAACAAUUAUGUUUCAGGUGUCUGAUUGGAACACAUCGGGGAACUGAGUGUCCCACCGAAAUCGUCUGCAACAUUGGGAACUGUGGUCAACGACACCACCCUCUAAUGCACGGAGCACCUCGAGUUUAUCCCACGAAUGCUUCAACCACUAAAAAUGCAGGCCAGCCAUCAGCAAAAUCGGAUACGGCUAUCAACACUUUCCUAGCUAUCGUUCCUGUGUUACUUCAAGCUAACGGGGUGGAAAUAGAAACUUUCGCUUUUCUAGAUCCAGGAGCGACCGUUAACUUAAUUCGAGAGGAUGUAGCUAAACAGCUCAAAUGCAAAGGGAAUGCAAGGAAUGUAUCCUUUGGCUCGUUUCACGGCCAAGACCCACAGUUUCAAUCAACUACGGUUAGUCUGACUGUGAAGGCUCGUGAUAGAUCUUUCGAAUCGGAUUUAAAGCAGGUCUCUACUGUGCCGACUCAGUACCUAAAGUUACCAUGCCCACCGAAGGAGUUAAUGGAGAUCCGAAGUCGUUACCCUCAUCUCAAAGACGUAAAACUGGUUGAUGUUGGAGAACCAACCAUCCUUAUUGGAGCAGGAAACCAAUGGCUGCACUUACGUCUCGAUGAAAGACUACCUCCUGUUGGAACCGACCCUCCCUUUGGUUUAUUGACAACAUUUGGUUGGACUUGCGUUGGCGAUCUAACAUUAGGGACACAGCAACAUGAUUCAAUGGUUUGUCAAUCACCGACGGAAGCAUUACUUUUGCGCCAAGUUAAACAAUUGUGGGAAACGGAAAGCUUUCCUAUUGUUACUCGAGCUCAACCGCUAGAAUCAACCGAGGAUAAACUAGCGAGGAAGAAAUUCGAUGCAACUAUUCAAUUCGACGGAACCAGGUAUGAAGUAGGUCUACCAUGGGUUUCAGAAGAUAUCGCAUUACUCGACAAUUACAAUAGUGCAUUGCGUCGACUUUUCUCCAUCUUUUACAAAUUUGUUCACAAUUCUAAUUUUCCUGAGAGAUACAAAGCCGUAAUCGAUGACUAUGUGGCAAAGGGAUUCGCGCGGCCUCUCAAAGAAAGUGUAUUGAAGGGCACUUUUGGGAGAAAUUGGUACCUUCCCCAUCAUGGAGUCGUAAAUCCUCGAAAACCCGAAAAGGUUAGGGUGGUCUUCGACGCUUCGGCACAGUUUCAAGGAGUUGCACUCAACGAAGUAUUGUUAAAGGGUCCCAAUCUUAUCAAUGACAUAGGUGCUACCCUUCUACUCUUCAGAGAAAAGUCUGUGUCCAUAUCUGGGGAUAUUCAACAAAUGUUUCUUCAAAUUGGCGUGAAGAAAGAAGACCGUUCUGCCCUACGAUUUCUAUGGCGUCCACCUGGUUCUCGAAAAAGACCCACCGUAUAUGAGAUGCAGCGACAAAUCUUUGGAUCUGUCUCAUCCCCUUUCAUCUGCUCUCAAGUGCUCCGACAUAUUGCUGACCAACAUCGUGGAGAAUUUCCUGAAGCUGCUGAACGAGUCUACAAGAACUUCUAUGUAGAUAACCUUCUGGAUUCUUUUUACACCGAAGAGGAGGCUAGUCGAGCGGUCAAAGAUUUUACAGCAUUGCUAAAAAAGGGAGGAUUCCACCUGAACCAAUGGCAUUCUUCAUCUCGACGGGUAUUGUCACUUGUACCAGAAGGUGAUCGUAAUCAGCCUCGCCUGAAUUUGGAACUGGAAGAUUUGCCCACGGAGAGAACCUUAGGUGUUUUAUAUGACAGCGAAAUGAUCCUUAGUGCCAAAAGAAUUCUACAAGAAUUGUGGCUUGUCGGUGUUGACUGGGAUGACCAAGUUCCCGAAGUAAUUCAACACCAGUGGAACAAGUGGACUACUAAUCUUAGCCAGCUCGAAGCGUUCAAGAUCCCGCGAGCUCUAACUUCGUCUAGUGACAUCCAAGACAUUCAGCUGCAUGCCUUUUGCGAUGCAUCCACCGUUGGGUUUGGCUCUGUGGUAUAUCUGCGAGUAACCUAUCGCAACAAUAUCGUCGCCGUAAAUUUCGUUACGUCAAAGUCUCGCGUGGCACCCCUUCAUCCAGAGGUAUCAGCCACCAACUGGAUUGGGCUCGUUUACGGCCAUGCUGAAGAAAACAGGCUCCGCUCACUUUUGGAACGAAAUUCCAACUCAGACGUAGUGAUUCGAAUUGUUGCAUGGAUCCUUCGUUUCAUUUUCAACUCGAAAUUGAAAUUGCUGGAUCGUGACCAAUCACGCAUUGGUGUCAAAUGCAUUCAGCACACUGCUAAUCAUUGCAUCAAAUCUGCGCAAUUGGAGAAAUAUUCCGAAGAAAUAGAGGCUUUAAAGAAUAAAAGGCCUUUAAAAUUGAGUUCGACGCUGAUUACUUUAUCACCAUUUCUGGAUGAAGAAGGAAUAUUGCGAGUAGGAGGACGCUCGAAUUACGCCCCCCUUUCGUUCGACAUCAAGCAUCCCAAAAUCCUGCCUCACGAUCAUCCAGUCACGCGUUUAAUCGUCAUGAGAGAGCAUGAUAUUCUGUUUCAUCCAUCUCCAGAAAGACUGCUCAGCUCAAUAAGAUCUCAAUAUUGGAUCAUUAAAGGACGAGUGGCUAUCAAAAGGUAUCUGCACAAGUGCUUUACUUGCAAACGCCAUAGAGCUACUCCCUGCAUUCCUUUAAUGGCCCCGCUUCCACGUCAUCGUCUUAUUCCGUUCCAACGUCCACUCACUCAUGUUGGUUUGGACUAUUUCGGCCCGUGCAACAUCACCAUUUAUCGUCGCACAGUAAAACGAUAUGUUUUGCUGAUAACCUGGCUCAACACUAGAGCGGUACACUUGGAAGUUGCAGCCUCACUCGACUUGUCGUCUUUUUUUAUCGCCUUUGCUUCCUUCACCGCCCGAAGAGGUCGUCCGUUAGUCGUGUAUAGCGACAAUGGAACUCAAAAUGUUGCUGGGGACAAGGCAAUCCAACAAGGCAUCGAGCGUCUCAAGGAGCAAAACAUCGUUGGUCAAAUGGUGAAACAAGAAAUUGAAUGGCAUUUUUCACCACCAUUAGCGCCUUAUUUCGGAGGCGUUUGGGAAAGUCUCGUAAAAUCAGCAAAGGUGGCUCUGGAAGCCAUUGUGGAAUAA